AUAAGGGACGUGUUGUGUCUUUGAUACCUUACAUGAGUUCAGAACAGGGAUGUAUGUUAGUAUGAGAACGCUUUGCAUCUGUGUUAUAGUCUUUUUUGGCAUCCAGCGACAGGUGCGCUCAGAGACAAUCAUUAGAUACCAGCAGGAACAAUUAGAAUCAGCUGUAUGCGAAGAGAAUGCUGUCUGUACAGAGCUCAUGGAACUUCCCAGAGACAACUACUUCAGUUUGAUGAGCUGCUCAUGUCCGAAUAGUUAUACCUGUCCAAACAGACCGGGACCAUCCACUCUACCUUUCGGAAGAGGUCGAUGGUACGGUCUGUGUCGUCCUGUCUCUGAUAUUCCACAAUGCCGUCCAGGACAAGUGGCCAGAAAGCAGUAUAAUGGUGUUCGAGAUGUUGGCUACCUCAAAUAUACACAGAUAAAUUGUCUGUGCCCAGGAGAUGGUCAGAUAGGAAUGGUUCCUUCAACAGUCUGGACUAAAACUCGGAGAGAUGACCCAAGGGCAGACUCUGUGUUUGAAUUCGAAUGCGCAGAUCAGACUCAUGCCCUGCAGCAUAAACGAGGUGGGCGUGGCCAAGGAAGAGGGGGAUCUAGAAGAUUUUACUUCUAUAAAUAGACUUAUCGUCAUCAUCGAAAAAGCGAACAAAACCUCUCGUAUUAUCAUUAUUCGCUGUAGAAAUGCUAAUAUGUCUUUAUACUUCAAGGUAUCUAAUUGGAAAUUUUUAUAGUAUUUAUAGAAAAAUAAAGUUUUGAAAAGAAAUAAAGCAUUUUUAUGAAA